UUGAGGAAUUUAAUGAAGGCCCUGACACCAUGUUACAUGAGAGUUGGGGGUACAUCAGCUGAUUACAUGGCCUUUAAUGAAACCAGUCAGGAUCAUAUUCUCAAGGUAUCGGAUUGGGAUCAGUUGAAUCGAUUAACGAGAGAAGCCGGCUGGGAUUUAAUAUUUGGUCUCAAUUUGAGAAUGCGGAAAAAUGGUCACUGGGAUCCAAAAAACGCCCUGAAAUUAUUUCAGUAUACGAUUAAAAAGGGAUAUCACGUUGCUGGCUGGGAGCUGGGGAAUGAACCAGAGUAUCAUCACCCAGAGAAAUUUACAGAAGAGAACAUCGCAUAUAAUUUUGGUCGUUUGAGAACCAUUCUCGAUUCUAUACCGCAACUGAAACCUUACGUUCUCGUUGGUCCAGAUGUAACGCAUGUUCAACCACUCAGUCCAUAUUAUAUGGAUGCUAAAAAAGCAGAGAUCACCGAUUUCUACGAUGUGGCCAAGUUGGAUGAAUUUAAAACUAAAUGGAUAGCACCAGCCAUGUCUAUAGCUAGAAACCGCGGUGUUCCACUCUGGUUGGGGGAAACAUCUUCAGCAUACGGUGGAGGAGUGGUUGAUAUGUCUGACAGAUAUGUGGCGGGAUACAUGUGGUUGGAUAAGCUCGGUGUGGCUGCAUCACUGGGAGUAAAAAUAGUCCUAAGACAAGAUCUUAUAGCUGGGAACUACGCAUUGCUCGAUGGAAAUUAUCAUCCGUUUCCGGAUUAUUGGUUAACAGUUUUAUAUAAAAGACUGGUAGGAAGUCCAGUUUUAACUCCACCAACAUCUAACAAUAAAAAUGUUCGAAUCUACGCCCAUUGUACCAACACACACAGUUCUCACAGUUACCGACGAGGUAGUGUUACUAUAUAUAUGAUGAAUUUUAUGAAUACUCAAGUGAUGAUUAAUCUAGGGCCAUUUUCUAAUAAACCGGCGGAUGUUUACAUUUUGACACCUGGACCUCUUAAUGGUCUUAAAUCAAGCACGGUGAAGUUGAAUGGUAAAGAACUACUACUAUUAAAUGAUCUAGACUUACCUCCCCUGUCACCACAGCAACACACGGGUGAUAUACAGGUCGGACGAAAAGCCAUGGCGUUUAUUGUUGUUCCUGAUGCUAAUCACCAAGCAUGUUUAUAGAAAACAAUAAGUUGUAGGCUAAUAUAAAGGUUUAAUAUGGGUAUAUAGAAUCAUGUCUUCUUUUCGUCGAUUGGACUGCGCAACGAUAUGGGAGUUCACGUCCUA